AUGGUUGGAAUAAAACCCACAGACCUGGCACCAACAACGGCUGUCAAGUUUGUUGGUGCAGGCACAGCAGCCUGCAUCGCUGACCUUGUAACCUUCCCCUUGGAUACGGCCAAAGUCAGACUACAGGUGAGGGGCAUGGAUGGAUGAGAGGCUAGGUGGCCUUGAUUCAAAUUGAUCAUUAGAUCUGCACAAAUCAGUUAAAAUGUAGAGAAAGCGCAAGCAGUGGUGAACAUACCCCAGUCAGGUGUCAGCAAUCCUACUUUGUAUUCCAGAUUCAAGGGGAGGCUCAGUUGGGGCAUGGGGCACAGGCUGUGAGGUAUCGGGGUGUGUUUGGUACCAUCACCACCAUGGUGCGUACGGAGGGGGCCAGGAGCCUCUACAACGGGCUGGUGGCAGGGCUCCAGAGACAGAUGAGCUUCGCCUCCGUCCGUAUCGGCCUCUAUGACUCCAUGAAGCAGUUCUACACUCGUGGCUCUGACAGUAAGUUUUACAACCCCUAUAUAACCUUAUAACCUCACUUGUGCUGACCUCUAUCUUAUACACUUAAUUUAUUGGGGACCCAUAACUAACUGUGCACACCUCUCUUCAGGUGCUAGCAUCGUUACUCGGCUCAUGGCAGGCUGCACCACCGGAGCAAUGGCUGUGAUGUUUGCUCAGCCCACAGACGUGGUCAAGGUGCGUUUCCAGGCUCAAGUACGUCUGGCUGACGGGGUGAAGAGAUACAACGGCACUAUGGACGCCUAUCGGACCAUCGCCCGAGAUGAAGGGGUGCGGGGCCUUUGGAAAGGUCGGUAGCGAUCUCACAGUCAGGAAGGAAAAAUGCCUGUCCUGAAAAUAUUACAGCAACUGAGAACAAAACUAACUUAAAUCUAUGUUCCUCUGUUCCAGGCUGCAUGCCGAAUAUAACGCGCAAUGCCAUUGUGAAUUGUUGUGAGUUGGUCACCUACGACAUCAUCAAGGAACUCAUACUGAAGUACGACCUAAUGACAGGUAAGGUUACUGUCUAGUUUUGACCUAGAACUGUAUUACAUAACAUAUUAAUGUAGCUAUGUAAUGUCAAUGUAAUGUAUGUUUGAUAUUUCUCCUCCAGAUAACCUUCCAUGCCACUUCACGGCUGCACUCGGUGCAGGGUUCUGUACCACCAUUGUCGCAUCACCAGUAGAUGUGGUCAAGACCAGAUUCAUGAACUCCACGUCAGGCCAGUACGGCAGUGCAAUGAACUGUGCCUACACUAUGCUGACUAAGGAGGGGCCAACAGCCUUCUACAAGGGGUAAGAGUUUGAUCAUUAAGGCUUGCUAGAAAACAUUUUGAAUGACAUUAUCCUAGAUUAGAAUGGAAACCCGCUGCUAAACUGUGUACGUGACUAAUAAACUUUGACUUGAAAACACCUGUCUGCUACGCAGCUAUAAUAGCAUCUUCUUUCCUCUCUCUCACAGGUUUGUGCCCUCCUUCCUGCGACUGGGGUCCUGGAACAUUGUGAUGUUUGUGUCUUAUGAGCAGAUCAAGAGGGCUAUGAUGAGAGCAAAGACCUCCUGGGAGUCACCAUUCUGA